AUGCAGAAGGUGGAGCGCCAGGUCAAGUCAAUCUUGAACAAGCUUACAUGGGACAAGUUUGACAAGCUCUACGAAGACUUGAUCACUCAUUGCAUAGUUGAGGAUCCAGAGACAAGACGUGAGACCGUCGAGGUCAUUGCACGAGACGUCUUUAAGAAGGCUACCUUACAGCACAAUUUCAUAGAGCUCUAUGCUGGGUUGUGUGCCCGGCUUGAUGCAGACCUGAAGCAGAGAGGGAUUGAGGUCAACUUUCGCAGGGCCCUGUUGGAGCAAUGCCAGGAGUCCUUCACUGUUCACCUGGCACCGCCACAGAUCGAUUCAUGCCUGGAUUACGAAGAGCAGUAUGAGAUGCUGGUGAAGUAUAAGACGAAGAUGCUGGGCAAUGUCAAGCUCAUCGGCCAUCUGUUGCGUUUGAGGAUGUUGGCGGCAAAGAUCAUCUUCCAUUGCAUAGAGGAAUUGAUUUCAAUUGGCUCUGCAGAGGCUGCGGCAGGGUGUGUGGUGGCUAUGGCUCCCGACUUGUAUCACGGUCUGGACCAAGCCGAGAUCUACUCCAAGAAAGCAGCAGAUGAAAGCUUAACAUCCAAGCUAAGAGACGCUUGGAAAGAACUGGCAGAUGGAGUGCAGUCUCUCAACGAGGACGACCCAGAUACAGCCAUCCGAUCAGGAAAUCAGGCGGGUGAAGCCUUUCGAGCAGCCCAAUGUCCAGAAGGCAAUGCUGACAGCUUGCUGCUGGUCACACGGGCCCUCACCAGCGUCAAUAAGAGGAAGGAUGCCGACAAGCUUGUCCGCGACCGGCUCGCGGAGGUGCGGGCUGCUGCAGACGGGCCGAGCGAAGCCAAGAUGCUGCUGGCAUUGGCCGAGGUCAAUGCGGACCAGCGUGGCAGUAAGAAACGCGAGGAGGCACGGGUUGCCGCGAAAGACGCGCGGGAGAUGUUUGAGAAGCUUGGGGAUGACCGCAUGCGAGCAGCAGCGCUGCUAGUGCAAUCGCACAUCUGCAUCAAGAGCAAAAAUCAAGAAAAGGAGAAGCGAGCAGCAGAGGCAUUGAAGCUGGCAGAGAAUGCCCGCAAGAUCUGUAACGAUCUUGGGGACACCCGGACAGAGGCCACGUGCCUCCAUGCAUAUGCGUCGGCGCACGACAUCAUCGAGCAGUUCCUGGGCCGAUCCAGGCACAAUGAGUGCAUACAGGCUGCAGAGGAUGCGCUGGACCUAUACCUGGAUUUGAAAGAUCCGUAUGCUGAAGCCUUUGAGCUUUGCUGCAUGGCCCAGUGGUUCAUGAACUACUCUCGAUGGCAGCUGGCCAUCGAACAUGCCGAGGACACUGCGCGUGCCAUGCUCCAUUUUCGACGUAGCACUCCCGGUGUGCUUGUGUUCCAGGAUGCGCUGGAAAUUCUGCGGGCUGCUCCCAAGCCGAGCGCCUCGCAGGAGCUGCGCGCACUGCAGAUUUUGUCCCAGGCCCAUCAGGGCAAGGGAGACAAGACCGGCACAGAUGCGGUGCAUGAGUCGCUGAAGCGAUUCCAGCAGACUGACAACCGCUCGGCGGAGGCCGCAGCCAUGGACAUGCUGCUCAGAUCACAUUGCGAGAAGGGUGAGUUCGAGCGCGCGCUUGAAACGGCAGAGCGGGCUCGAGCUGCCUUCAAGGCAAUAGGAGAUGAGGUUGCAGAGGCCAACGUCUCUGCCCUGAUAGCUGGCUUGUACCUCAAGUUGGGAGCAGCGGAUGAGGCACUCAAAGAAGGCCAUGCAGUUCUUGAUUUGGUGCGGCGGUCUGGCUCGACAAAACAAAAGUCAGACCUCAUGCUCACUAUCUCACAGGCCUACCUGGAGAAGAAAGAGCAUGAAGAAGCUUUGGCGGUAUGUCGUGACAUGCAAGAUCACUUCACGCAAAAAGGCGACGUGGAAGGAGAGGCUGACUGUUUGCUGGCGGCCGGCUCUCUGCUCGUCUUGCAGGGCGAUCUCGAUGAGGCUCGAUCUCUAGCUGCCAAGGCGCAGAUGAUACUCAGCGAGGAGGGCAAUGCCACGGGCGAAGGCAAGGCACUGCGAUUGCUAGCCGAGAUCUACGCGAAGCAGGAGCAGCACAAAGCCGCCAUUAGGGCCGGCGAGCGUUCCAGAGCCCUCCUGCGUGGCGAAGAGGGUGCUGCUGAUGAGGCUUCCAUGCUGUUCUUGGUGGCUCAGGAAGCAGUGCAGCUUGCAGUCAUCGAGGGGGCCAGAGUCGGACUAGAUAAGCCGCUGAAGAGGCAUGCAAGGGAUGCCUUGGACAAGGCGGAGAAAUGCGCAAAGAUGGCUGUCAAGCUUUGCUCCGACAAUGCCUCGGAGCAAGGCACCUCGGAGAUCCUGGGCUCCUCGCUUUGCUCGUUGUCGCAGGUGCACAUGCUUCGUAGCAAGUACAAGGAGGCCCUGUCCAUCGGCCAGGAGGCAGUUCAGGUCUUCGUGAAGACAGGUCACAAGCGCAAUCAGGCAUCAGCGUGCCUACUCUGCGCGGACGCAGAGCGAGCUCUGGAGCACUACAAGGAGCUGUGGCAUGCUUCAACUCAGCAGCGCCUUGGAGCAGUCAAGUGUGAGGAUUGUUAUGUCAGCAACCGAGACAUCACUCAGGAUGUGGUUGAUGAUAAAGGCUUAGCAGCCGCGCAGAACAUUCUUGAGGCCCUGAAGCCGCACCUGGCGCCAGCACGGCCUCAGGUGGUCCCUGGAUAUCCACCAGGUGCACUUCCACCUCAGAUGAUGCAGCAGUAUGCGGAAGAAGAGGAAUCCGCUGGCGAAGGAAAGGUUGCAAGGACUCGUGACAGGGGCCCGGCAAUGGACGUGAAGUCCCUCAGUCCUGACGUCAUCAAGAAGAAGAUCUUGGAUGUGGCUUUGAGCAUGACCGGGGCGGAUGACGGUGACAUAGAGGCCGACACUCCUUUGAUGGAAGCUGGGCUUACCAGCACUUCAGCUGUUACGCUGCGAGAUGAGCUCAUGAAGGAUCUUGUGGGCGUGAAUUUGCCGGUUACCUUGGUCUUCGACUACCCCUCAAUUUCUGCAAUGACAGAGCUUGCCCUGGAAACGCUCUGUGCCUUUCUGGAAACUCUGGGCAGCACCUUCGACAAGCCGCAGUGGUCAGGCUACGCGCGGCUGCAGGAAGUAUUCAAACAGGUGGACCUUUUCGCCAAUGACAGCAAGCAAAGCCCACGAACACGUUGCUUGCUCAAGGACCUCCUAGACAAGCGUCGGAACUCCUGGCAAGAGAAGCCAACACUUGGGACCAGUCCAAAGAGCUCAAAGACCGACAAGGACAAACCGAUGAAUAAGGACAAAGCAGACAAGCCUGACAAGAGGACAACAGGGUCUGAGAAGAUCGACUGGAUGGAGGCACGCAUUUCUGUGAAUUCACCGCUGUCAGGUGCGCCAGGCCGCCCGGAGCGACGCGCUGCAGCCUAG